GUUCAUUCUUUUCAGAUAACUACAGCUCGAAACUUAUAACACACGGAACCUGGAUGCUGCCAAUUAAUUUUGACAGGUUGUUUCAGAUCCAUGUGGCCUUUCUCAUCCCAUGCAGGAAGACAAAAUAAAAUCAUUUUAAGAUCAUACUGCUUAAACUCAGCUGUGGUUAAGAUCAUACAGAUAUUUAAACACUCACAUUCGGAUACAGAAGUAACAACACUAGACUCCUCACAAGAUUUAUUCAAUAUUUUCUCUGUGGACUUACGGACACAUUUAUAAGAUGAUUUUAUCCAAAGUAAUUUAAAGUGUUAAAGUAAUUAAAUAUUAAUGUGUGUCCCCUUUGAAUCAAACCCAUGACUUUUGCAAUGAAAACCUUAAAUCUUCAUAAUUCUUCUUAAGGGUUUCCUUUGAUCUGUUAAAGGAAUGGCUUAAAUUUAAGUAGAUAUUAUUAAACGUAAGGCUGAUGCAAACCAGUGUUCAGUUGCUUCUUUUAGACUGUCUCUGUAAGAGAACCUCUUUAUGACUGGACCUCCUGUUAGGUUUCAUAAACACAACCAGUUCAGGAAAACUGAAACUUAAUCACUGUCAGGUUCUUAUUUUCUAAAAUGGCAGAAGCGAGUGUUCCUUUGGUUCAGGAUCAGUUCAGCUGUUUAAUUUGUCUGGAUCUACUAAAGGAUCCUGUGACCAUUAACUGUGGACACAGUUACUGUAUGAGCUGUAUUACGGACUACUGGGAUCAGAAGAGAAACUACAGCUGCCCUCAGUGCAGACAGACCUUCAAUACAAGACCUGUUUUAGGUAAAAACACCAUGCUGGCGGAAGUGGUGGAGAAACUGAAGAAGACUAAACUACAAGCUGCUCCUCCUGAUCACUGUUAUGCUGAACCUGGAGAUGUGGAGUGUGACGUCUGUACUGAGAGGAAACACAAAGCUGUCAAGUCCUGUCUGGUGUGUCUGAACUCUUACUGUCAAAAUCAUCUUGAACAACAUGAGAAAUUAUUCAGAGGCAAGAAGCACAACCUGAUAGAUCCCACUGGACGACUUCAGGAGAUGAUCUGCCCUCAACAUGAUAAAGCCCUUGAGAUUUACUGUCGUACUGAUCAGCUCUGUAUAUGUUAUCUGUGUAUGAUAGAUGAACACAAUAACCAUGAGACUGUAUCAGCUGCAGCAGAGAGGACUAAGAAACAGAAACGGCUGCAGAGACAAUACCAGGAGAGAAUCCAGGAGAGCCAGAAGAAGCUUCAGGAGCUGAGAGAUGCUGUGGAGACUCAUAAGAGCUCUGCACAGACAGCAGUGGACGACACUGAGAGGAUCUUUACUCAACUGAUCACAUCCAUUGAAAAAAGACGAUCUGAGGUGACACAGCUGAUCAGAGAUCAGGAAAAGGCUGCAGUGAGUCGAGCUGAAGGACUCAUGAAGCGACUGGAGCAGGAGAUUGAUGAUCUGAGGAGGAGAGACGCUGAGCUGGAGCAGCUUUCACACACAGAUGAUCACAUCCAUUUCCUCCAGAGUUUCCAGUCUCUCUCUGUUCCUCCUGGAUCUACAGACUCACUCAGCUUCACUGGCAGUUUUUUCCUCUCUUUUGAUGAUGUAGGUAAAUCUGUGUCUCAUUUGAGAGGAAAACUGGAGGAUUUCUCCAGAGAGAUAGAAAAAAUAUCUGAUAGAGUUACCCUUGAACCUAAGACCCGGGAGCAGUUCCUACAACAUUAUCGCCAGGUCACUGCAGAUCCAAACACAGCAAAUAAACGUCUCUGUUUGUCUGGUGGGAAAAGAGUGAUUACUUACACUCGCAGAGGCCAGCCGUAUCCUGAUCAUCCAGACAGAUUUGAUGCUUAUCUUCAGGUGUUGUGUAGUGAGAGUGUGAAUGGACGCUGUUACUGGGAGGUUGAAUGGUGUGGUGCGGUGUAUAUAUCAGUGUCAUAUAAGAGCAUCAACAGGAAGGGAUGGGGUCAUGACUGUGUGUUUGGACGUAAUGAUGAGUCCUGGAGUUUGAUCUGCUCCGACUCUAUUUGUUCAUUUUGGCACAAUAACAUUGAGACUAAACUCCCAGUAGUGCUCAGAUCUUCUAGAAUAGGAGUGUAUUUGGAUCACAGUGCAGGAUCUCUGUGCUUCUACAGCGUCUCUGACACAAUGACCCUCAUCCACAGAGUCCAGACCACAUUCACUAAACCUCUCUAUCCUGGGUUUGGGUUGGUUAGUACUACGAUACAAUCAAAAGUAAAACUGUGUGAAAUGAAGACAUUAUAGCUGGUUUGUAAUGAAUCAGUAAGAGUGAGAUGUUAUUGUAAAGUAACAUGAGAGAUUUUAUUAUUCUCAAAUCGUUGAUUGAUCAGAUGAAUCAAUGCUUGUAAAGUAAAAGUGGGAAAACUAUAAAAUAACGUAAAUUGACGACAACAACAGCAAAAAUAAUAUAUAAUGUUACCCAUGUAAAAGUAACUUGUUUAAUUUAAAUAAAACAGUUGA